AUGAAGGAAGUGAAUUAGCGAAAACGGUGGGAAAUGUAAAUUUAAGUCCUAUACAAUAUGAUAAAGAAAAAUUAGAAAAGAUUAAUGCUUUAAAAGAAAAAUUACAUAAUUGUGGAAAGAAACUAAUAUUACUUGAUGAUAUGACAAAGACACAAACUACAAAUUUUAAUAUUAUAAAUGAGGAUCCUGAGUUUGUUACGUCUAUUGUUUAUACAUCUGGAACAUCUGGGAUGCCAAAGGGUGUUAUGUUGAGCAAUAAAAAUUUUUAUAAUCAAUUAUAUUCUAUAUAUAAUCAUAGUGUAAGAAAAAGGUAUAGUCUUCAAUAUCAUUUAUCUUAUAUGCCAAUAUCACAUGUAUUUGAAAGAACAUUUGCGUAUAAUACUAUAUUAUUUGGUGGGACAAUAAAUAUAUGGAGUAAGGAUAUAAAUUAUUUUUCCAAAGAUAUAUUUAAUUCAAAGGAUGUUAUAAUGGGAGGAGUACCUAAAGUGUUUAGUAGAAUUUAUACUAAUGUUAUGAACGAAAUCAAUAAUUUAUCAACUUUUAAAAAAUAUAUAGUAAAAAACAUGAUAUCCUUACGUAAACAUAAUAAAAAUGGUUGGUUAGUUAAAUUUCUUGAAAAUAUUUUUCAUGUAUCCAGGAAAAUAAGGGAGAAGAUUAAUCCAAAUUUAGAAGUUAUAUUAAAUGGUGCUGGAAAAUUAUCACCAUCUGUUGCCCAGGAAUUAUGUACAUUAUUAAAUAUCAAUUUUUGUCAAGGUUAUGGUUUAACAGAAUCUACGGGAGCUAUCUUUGGUAACCACGUGCAAGAUUCAAAUUUUGAAUGUAUAGGAGGACCUAUUGCUCCAAAUACCAAAUAUAAAGUAAGAUCGUGGGAAAUAUACCAAGCUUCGGAUAGUUUACCCAAAGGAGAAUUAUUAAUUAAGAGUGAUUCUAUAUUUAAAGGAUAUUUUUUAGAAAAGGAACAUACAAAAAAGGCUUUUACUGAAGAUGGGUAUUUUAUAACAGGAGAUGUGGUUCAAAUUAAUAAAAAUGGAUCUUUAUUAUUUUUAGAUAGAUCAAAAGGAUUAGUAAAAUUAUCACAAGGGGAAUAUAUAGAAACGGAUAUGCUGAAUAAUUUAUAUUCACAAAUUUCUUUUAUAAAUAAUUGCGUUGUUUAUGCAGAUGAUUCAAUGGAUGGUCCACUAGCAAUUAUAUCUAUAGAUAAAUGUUUAUUUUUUAAAUCAUUAAAAGAUGAUAAUAUGUUAGAAAAUGCUGGACUUAAUGAACAUAAUUAUAUAGAUAAAUUAACUGAUGAUAAUAUAAAUAAUAAUAUUUUUGUUGAUUAUGUUAAAGAAAAAAUGUUAGAUGUUUAUAAGCAAACAAAUUUAAAUGGAUACAAUCGUGUUAAUAACAUAUAUUUAACUUCAAAAACAUGGAAUACAAAUAAUUAUCUUACUCCAACAUUAAAAGUAAAAAGGUUCAAUGUAUUUAAAGAUUAUGCUUUUUUCAUUGAUGAAGUUAAAAAUAUAUAUAAAAAUAAAUUAAAAGGAAGUACUGUUAGUAGUAGCAUUCAUGGAAAAAAGGAAGAAGAAAAAAAAAAUGCAAAUAAACAAGAAGAUAAAGAUUCAAAUAAAUUAAUAAAUGUUUCAAUUUCAAAACAUCAAAAUGAUCUGAGAAAAUAUGAAAAAGAUGUUGCAAAUAAAAAGGUCAAAUUAAGAGUUACCAAUGAAAUACCACAACAAGAAACGAAUAAAUAA